ACUAAAGGACGAUGCUUCUAGAUUAAAUCAAAACACAUAAACAAUGUUUACUACAAUGGAUGUAUAUGAUGCAGCUUUAUCGAUUGGUCGUGAAUGUCAAUUAAUUGUUGAUGAAUAUGGUGAUGAUAUAUUAAGGGAUAUAAUGCCAAAAAUAGUUUAUAUUUUGGAAGAAUUAGAAGCAUGUACUAGUUAUUGUGAUAAAGAAAAAGAAGAAAUUGCACGUCUUCAAACAGUUGCAGAUGAACUUCGUGAAGAUCAAAAAUCUGAUAUUAUACAAAAAGAUAAAUAUGAUAAAAGUUUAGAACAAAUUGAACAAAGUUGGUAUUGUGAAAGUCAAAAAUUAUUACAAGAAAUUGCUGAAUUAGAACAAGAAAAUGUUCGUUUAACACAUCAAUUAAUUUCUACUUGUCAUAAAGAAAUUAAAGAAGAGAAAGAUUUUGAUAUUUUACAAAAAUGUGUUGUAUGUAACGAGUCGGGCGAUAAUUGUUCCAUAUGUCAUCAUUCAAAAGUAGGUGCUUUUCUAUUAGCAACAGCAAAGCUGGGUCCUGAAAUUGUUUCAACUAAUCUUGACAUGGAUAAAAUUUAUGAUAAAUUAAAAAAUAAACAAAAUGAAGAAGAAUUAUCAAAUAUGAUGUCUAGUUUAUUGAUUGAAACAGAAGAAAGAAUACAAUUAACUGAACAAGAAAAUCGUGUAGCUGAUCUUCAAUUAAUUCAACAAUUAAAAGAAUGUGUAGCAAUUAAUUAUAAGACUGCACGACAAAUUCGUCGUGAUUUAACUGAAACCGGUGCUUCAUUAGAUGCAUCCGAAGAAGAAGUUUGUCGUUUAGCUCGUCAAAGUGGUCAAUUAAUGGCAUCUUGUGCUCCACAUAGACGUCAAACUGGUCAAUUAGUCGCUGAGAAAGCUACACUUGAAACAAAAUUAUGCAUAAAAGAACGUGAAUUAGCUAAUUUAUUGAAAGAUUUAUCAACUAGCGACUUGUCACAUGAUGAUAAAUCUGGAAUAAUGUCGAAUACAUGUGAAUCAAUUUUACAAAUACCGGCUGGACAAGGUUUAGAAUCGAUUAGUUUAGAAAAUGCAUCCAAUACAACUGAUAAAUAUAUUUCUGUAGAAGAAUUACGCUAUUUAUUACAUGAACGAAAUGAAUUGAAAUGUCGAUUAAUUGAAUUGGAAGAAGAAUUAAAAAUAUUAGAAUUAGAAAAUCAAAAAGAUCCUGAUGUAGAAGGACCUAUGUGGCCUGAACCAGCUGAAAAACUUUAUCCAACUUGGAAAAAAAAUCAUCCAACUAUUAAAACUAUCUUUCAAAAUCUUCUACAACGACUCACUGAACGUACAACAUCCUUAUUAUAAUCAAUAAAAAAUAGUGCGUUAUUCCUUCCUCUCUCUAACCCCUAUUUCCUCCUUUGUUAAAUGGAUGAAAAACAUUCCUACAAUAAAACUCGCUUGAGUCAAUCAACAAUCUAUGCUGCAUUUAUUAUUAUAAUUCUACUGAGUAUUUAUUGAUUUAUUUCAUCAGUCAUGAUAAGUUUAAACUGCUUCAUUUUGCAUGAAUUAAUUAUUUUCAAUUGCAUAAUAUACAUGAAUGAUAAUGUAUUAACAAGAAUUAUGAUCAAAAUUAUUUAUUAUUAUUAUUAUUCUAUGUGAUAUGUGCAUUUAAACUAAAUUUAAUUUUUAUUGUGAUUUUUUUUAUGUUGUCUUGUCUUAAUGUUUUGUAAAAUUUCAUUUUUAUUUAAUUAUACUACUUUAUUUCAAUUAUCAGUAGCUUCUCUAGUUAUGCUAUAAUUUAUUUCGAAAUAUAUAUACGUGUAUUUGUU